AUGGAAUCCGAUGGAAGUGAUUCUGAAUCCAUCCACAACACAGAAACAAACACCAACCAAGAUCCAUCCAUGAACCCUAGAAACCCCUAUUACCUUCACCCUGGAGAGAAUCCUAGAGCUACCAUUGUUGCACCUCCUCUUGAUGAUAACAACUAUCAUAAUUGGAGCAAGUCCAUGAAACGUGCUCUCACUUCCAAGAACAAGGUAUCUUUCAUCAAUGGAACGCUUCCCAGACCACCUGAAUCGGACAAGAACUUCGAGCUAUGGGAUCGCGCCAAUAGCAUGGUGCUCUCAUGGAUAAACAGAACGCUAUCACCUCACAUUGCACAGAGCACAAUCUGCUUUGACUCUGCCUAUGAACUUUGGGAAGAUCUUCGCGAGCGAUUCACCAAAGGAAACCAUUUCAGGUUCUCUGAUCUCCUUCGCGACAUCCACUCCAUACAACAAGGUGAUCGUUCAUUAUCCACUUACUUCACUGAUAUGAAGAUUCUCUGGGACGAAUUGGAAGAUUUGCGCCCUAAUCCUUCUUGUUCUUGCCCCAUUCCUUGCACAUGUGGCUUAUCCAAGGCGAUUCGUGAUUUCAAACAAAUGGAGUACGUCACAUGUUUCUUAAAAGGUCUGAACGACAAUUAUCAAAAUAUCCGCACACAAAUUCUGUUACUCGAUCCCCUUCCACCCAUCAGUCGCGUAUACUCAUUGAUUGCACAGCAACAGAUCCCAACCACCUCCAACUCCACCAUUUUAUAUGCUAACAAUAACAAUUCUAAGGGCAGAGGUCGUGGCACGGGCAAGACUUCAAUGGUGUGCACCAAUUGUAGUAAAACCAAUCACACUAUUGAUACAUGUUAUUUCAAACAUGGUUUUCUACCAGGAUAUCGCAACAAGAACUCAAAGAACGCAACUGAGCAGAAACAUUCAAAGAACUCAAAGAACUCAAAGAACGCAACUGAGCAGAAACAUUGCCAUCCAUCUCCAAAGAAGAUUAUCAGCUUCUCCUGCAGCUUCUCCAACAAUCAAAGAAGGAAGCUCCUAAGGAUGACAAAGUUGUAA